UUUCAGGUUUCGGACUGUAAAGAACUCUAAAAAACAAAAAAAAGCAAAAUUUUAUUUACAAAUUUCCAAAUUCGUUCAAGUUGAAUUUUUUGUAGAAAAAUUGUAGACAUGGAGUACGGAAACGGUAUGCAAUAUGAAGGCUUCGGACAAGGUGGCGAAGGCUAUGAAAUGAACUAUGACCAGAUGGGACGUGGCCAGGGAUACGGCCAGCAGCAGGGUGGCUACGGGCAGGAGUCCAGGAACUACCAGAGCGGAUCCGCUGCCCUUGGAGGUCCUGGAUAUCGCAGUCCCCUGCGGUACAACAAGAUUCUCCGCGAGAUGAACUCCCGCAACGGACUUUAUUCGCCCAUGGAACAGCAGCGGGGCGGUGGACAGGGAGAUUACUACAACACCUUGCCCGGCCUUGGCGGCGCCGAAGGUCAAUCGUACCAGUCUCGUGGCAAUGGAAACGCUUACUAUUGAAACUCUUUGUAACCUUGCAGUCCGUGAAAUUAUGGCCAACAUUUAUGUCGUCCGCAUAAAAUAAAUUUUAUCGUGACUUA